ACUUUUGGAAAUUCAGGCUUUUUUGUCUCUACUGAAUCAGUGGUGAUACUAUUUCCCUCAACUCAGAGAUGAAUGUUGACAGAGUACUAAGUUUUUUUGUCGGAUAAAAGUUUCAAAAUGACCCAGUUAUUGUAUAAUUAUGAUGAAUGUGGACAGAUUACCGAGAUUUUUUAAUGGAUUAAAGUUUGAAAAUGACUUCCAGUGUUUGUCUGAUUAUAUCUUCCGAUUUACACUGGACAAGAUGAUGUCGGUUAAUAUUUCAAGUUCUAAAUAUCUCUCCCAUUCAUCACUUAAUCUUUCUGGCUCUGGCCUAGAGUCUCUAAUUGGUGUUUUUGGGUUAUCAGUUGAUAAGUUGUGACUUUUCAUACAGAAUGAAAUAUGUCGAAUGAGAUUGGAUGAUGCAGUGCUUGAUGAACUUGUUCGUGAGUACUGUGUUUACAGGGGAAUUGUGGAAUCUGGAAUGAAAACACUUUCUGAACCAGUAAAAGGUAAUCCGCUUGAAUUUGGGUGGUGUUCAUCACCAGAAUCUUCCGUUGAUGUGGAUCAUAGAGGUGCUAAGCGUUCAAAUAGUGAAACUUCUGCUUCUACUAAUCUGAGCAACAUGCAAGGAACUGAUGUCAAAUUAAGAUUUGCUUCUGAGCCCACCAAUAACCACGAGGAUUAUAGCCCCAGUGGGUCACAUCAUUCUGAAAAUUCAAGUCUCUUGAGAAACAGAAGCCAUGGAGCUGGCGAAAGAAGUAAACGUAAGCGAUGAAGCGGAAGAUAUGAUGAACUGGAUUUUAUUUCUGAUAAUCAUU